GACGCAGAGAUGCACCGCACCCACGGGUGCCCACCAACGAGGGUCCCUGCAGGUUUAUAGCCGCCUGCCCUGCAUCAGAGACACCGUGACAGCACCCGGUAGCAGGAGUGGCAUUUCCAGGGCGGAGGCAGCCAGGGUCACCCAGGGGCUUGGCCCCACAGCUUGAGGAUACCCAGUGUGACAGCAUGGCAGGGGCUGCGUGGGAUCCCCCCCGGGGCAGCAGGAAGGACAGGGAACCCCCACAUCCCGCUGUCCAGUCCUCUUGCUGAUGGUUAGCACAUGGAGGAUGGGGCCCUGGGCCAUCCUGUGGAUGACACUCUGGCUCUUCUGCCUCCUGCCCUCUGCCAGGGCCCAGACGAAGAUCCCGCUGGAGACGGUGAAGGCUUGGGCAGAUGCCUUUGGUGGGGAGCUGUACUCCAUUGUGACUAAGUAUUCAGGCUCUCUCCUGUUGCAGAAGAAGUACAAAGAUGUGGAGCCAACGCUGAAGAUCAAAGAGGUGGAUGGCUUGGAGCUGGUGAAGAAGUUCUCAGAGCAGAUGGAAAGCAUGCUCCGCAGGAAGGUCGAAGCCGUUGAGAGGUUGGUGGAAGCAGCAGAAGAUGCAGAUCUGAACCACGAGUACAACUCCUCACUGGAGUUUGAUUACUACAACUCUCUCCUGAUUAAUGAUAAGGAUGAAAAUGACAAUUAUGUAGAGCUUGGAGAUGAAUUCAUUUUAGAGCCAAAUGAGCAUUUCAAUAAUCUGCUGGUGAACACAACGUACAGUGAUAUCCAGCUCCCCACCAACGUCUACAACAAAGACCCGGACAUCCUGAAUGGUGUUUACAUGUCAGAAGCCCUGAAUCCUAUUUUCGUGGACAACUUUGAAAGGGAUCCCACGCUGACCUGGCAGUACUUUGGCAGCUCCACUGGAUUCUUUAGGCUCUACCCAGGAAUAAAGUGGUUACCAGAUGAGAAUGGAGUCAUCUCCUUUGACUGCAGGAAUCGUGGCUGGUACAUCCAAGCGGCCACCUCUCCCAAGGACAUCGUCAUCAUUGUGGACGUCAGUGGGAGCAUGAAGGGCCUGCGGAUGACCAUUGCCAAACACACCAUUACCACCAUAUUAGAUACUCUGGGAGAAAAUGACUUUGUCAACAUCAUUGCAUAUAAUGAUUAUGUUCAUUUUAUUGAACCCUGUUUUAAGGGUAUCCUGGUCCAAGCAGACAGAGAUAACAGAGAGCACUUCAAGCAGCUGGUGGAUGAACUGCAGGCAAAAGGAGUUGGCACUGUGAACAAGGCUUUGACAGAGUCCUUCAAAAUACUGAGGGAGUUCAGAGAGGCUGGUCAAGGAGGCUUGUGUAACCAAGCUAUCAUGCUGAUUACAGACGGAGCAGUGGAGGAUUAUGAAGCUGUGUUUGAAAAGUACAACUGGCCAGAUCGGAAGGUCCGGGUUUUCACUUACCUCAUUGGACGGGAGGUCACUUUUGCCCCCAACGUGAAAUGGAUCGCCUGCAACAACAAAGGCUACUACACUCAGAUCUCCACGCUGGCAGAUGUCCAGGAGAACGUGAUGGAAUACCUGCAUGUCCUCAGCCGCCCCAUGGUCAUCAACCACGACCAUGACAUUAUUUGGACUGAAGCCUACAUGGACAGCGCGCUCUUUGCAUCUCAGGCUCAAAGUCUGUUGCUCAUGACAACAGUGGCUAUGCCAGUCUUCAGCAAAAAGAACGAGACGCGAUCUCAUGGCAUUCUCCUUGGUGUGGUGGGCUCCGAUGUACCACUGAGGGAGUUGUUAAAACUUGCUCCACGGUAUAAGCUGGGUGUCCAUGGAUACGCCUUUCUGAACACCAACAACGGGUACAUCCUUUCACAUCCAGACCUCCGUCCUUUGUAUAAAGAAGGAAAGAAACUGAAGCCUAAGCCAAACUACAACAGCGUAGAUCUUUCAGAAGUGGAAUGGGAAGACCGUGAUGAAAUACUGAGAACUGCCAUGAUCAAUGGGGAAACAGGCUACCUCUCUAUGGAUGUGAAGGUCCCUGUGGAUAAAGGGAAACGAGUUCUUUUCCUCACCAAUGAUUAUUUCUUUACGGACAUCAGUGGAACACCCUUCAGCCUGGGUGUUGUGCUAUCCAGGGGACAUGGGGAGUACAUUUUGCUGGGGAACACUUCAGUGGAAGAAGGUUUGCAUGACCUGCUCCAGCCAGACUUGUCUUUAGCGAAUGAAUGGAUUUACUGCAUCACCGACAUUGAUCCAGACCACCGGAAGCUCAACCAGCUGGAAGCUGUGAUCCGAUUCCUCACUGGAGAGGAGCCUGACCUGGAAUGUGAUGAGGAGUUGGUCCAGGAAGUGCUGUUUGAUGCAGUAGUCACUGCACCCAUGGAGGCCUACUGGACAACCCUAGCCCUCAAUAUGUCCAUGGAGACUGAGACAGGUGUUGAGAUGGCAUUUCUGGGCACUCGGGCUGGGCUCAUGAGGAAUGCCCUAUACGUGGGCUCUGAGAAAAUUUCCAACAGGAAAUUCCUGACACAGAAGGACAAGGAAAGUAUCUUCACCAUGGACCACUUCCCUCUGUGGUACCGGCGGGCAGCUGAGCAUCCCCCCGGGAGCUUCAUCUACAGCAUUGUCUCAGAAGAUGAUUCAGAGGGAAGCGGCCUGCCAAAAGUGGUGACAGUGAGCACGGCUGUGUCUGUGUCUGUGGAUGGGAAGAUGGGUAUUGCUGCAGCGGUGGGUGUGCAAAUCAAGCUGGAUUUGCUCCAACGCAAGUUUUGGAUGGCCAUGCAACAGCCCAAUGACAGUGAUUGCAGUGCCUUGGACGGUGCCUGUCCACUAAGCUGUCAGGAUGACAUUCUGAAUUGCUUCCUUAUUGAUAACAACGGCUUUAUACUCGUUUCCAAAAGACCUGCAGAGACUGGAAAAUUCUUGGGUGCAGUGGAUGGCUCAGUAAUGACCCAGCUGCUAAACAUGGGCAUGUUCAGGCGGGUGACCAUGUAUGAUUACCAAGCAAUGUGCAAAGUACCCUACCACCACCACAGCGGUGCCCAGCCUCUGCUCAGCCCAAUUUAUGCCUUUCUAGCUGCAGUGAAAUGGCUGAUAAGUGAUUUCCUCAUCUUCCUUUUGGAGUUUAGCAUGAGUAGCUUCUGGCACUCAGACAACUUGGCAGAUGCUCACAAGCACAAGAAGCACGACAUCUUGCAGCCCUGUGACACUGAGUACCCCGUUUUCGUGUACGAGCCGGCCAUCAAGGAGACCAAUGGGCUGAUAGAGUGUGGAGACUGCCAAAAGAUGUUUGUGGCGCAGCAGAUCAUCAGCAGUAACCUGCUGCUCCUUGUCACAGAUGCUGUUUGCGACUGCAGUAUCUUCCCACCCGUCCUGCUGGAUGUGAAAGAGGUCAAAUAUAACGCUUCAGUGAAGUGUGAACGGAUGCGGUCCCAGAAGCUGCGGCGGCGGCCGGACACGUGCCACGCAUUCCAUCCUGAGGAAAACGCCCAAGACUGCGGUGGCACUGCUGAGAUCUCCGUCUCACCAACGCUGCUCUUCCUGCCCCUGGUGCUGCUCCUGCGGUGACGCUGCCUGCACACACCUUACACAGCAGAGAUCCGGGGAAAGGGGGCUGCCACUGGCCGGAAUGGCAGGAAGGGAGGACAUGGGGGCUCAGGCUGUUCUGUGAUACCCGUUGCAACAAACUGGGGACUUGAAGUGUUAACAGUGCAGUGCAGCACAUCCUGUGUUCUUCACCACAUGGUCCAGCAUGGUGCCAGCGGUGGAAGCUGCUGCAUCCUCAAAAGCCCAUGGUAACAGUCCUGAGUGAGGACCAGCAGGCUCAGCUCCCAGCACUCCACCUCCUGAGCUGCUCCUCCCAGACACCAGCUCACAGCCAGGAUGGCCAGGGUUGUCAGCAUGGCUGGCAUGCCACCAUCACCCUGCCUCCCACAGAACCACUUUGGGGUAUAGAGGGCUCUGUGGAGCAGAUCUGGCCAUAGAGGAGCAAGAGGGGCAGGGGACACUGUCUGCCUGUCCCACAGUGGGCACCACCAGGAUUUGGAGCAUCCUGGUCUGGAGCAGCCCAGGCAUAGCCCUCCCAGAACAAGGCCUUUGGUGGUCCUAGGAGGGAGGCAGCAUCUCCUGGGCUUGGUGUGGCCUUCAGCCAGGACCACAGGGGAGGACAUAGCACCUAACCUGAACUGCAGUACUUAACAUGUAACUAGGUGAAGGAAAGUAGCACAGCUUGGCUAGUUAGCUUCAGCUACGCCAGCUCUGCUGAGGAGAUCCCUCCUGACACUGCUGGCACAGCAUCCAGAGUCUUGCCCAGAUGUGGACUUAACCUCUGGGAAGGGGUUAUGGAUGACCCACCAAAAGUGGAGGUAUGUUUACCACUGCCUGUUAGUUCACUGCAGAAGCGGCUAAGAAAUGGGCACUUUUCCCCUUGCAGCAGCACUGCCCUGCUCAUAGAAGCAGCCCCUGCCCAGCUGGUGCUGUCACAGAGCUUUACAGACACAUGGGGAGCACCCAUUUUUUCUCUUUUUGUAUGAACUGCUCCAUACCAUCUUACUAAAAACAAAUAUAUGGCAUAUUCUAAAUAGAUACUUAGGCUUCAGCGUGUCAUGUUUGGUGCUAAUCACAGCCCUACACCAUAUCCCUUCACCAAACUCAUGGGGACAUUGUACAGGUGGAGGGACGCAAACACUGCAGAAAUGGUGGCCUGGCUAGGAGGGAUGUGCCAGCAACUCAUGGGGAUACCAAGAAAUGCUCCUGGUUGCUGUGCCACUGUUUUUACUGGAACUUUGGGACCUCUGACCAUGGAGCGCACACUGUGAACUAGUCAACUGCACCCCACAGACCACAGCUCUGUCACCUCUGGGGCAGGGUAGGAGUCCUGGUGCUGGCAGGGUGAUGUGGAUGUACAUGAUCGAGGACCACCACCAUCAGUGGUAGGGAUGCCACAGCCAAUGGCUACAGAUGGAAACAGGGUCUCACCCUGAGCUCUGCAUCAUCCCCAUCUGUAGUCACUCCAGCACCAAUGAGUACAC